ACUCUGGGAGCAGCCGAAGCCCGGAGCAGAGAGCGCGACUCCAGCUCCCCAGCCGACGCCGGCAGCGGCUGGAUCCUGCCAAGCCACUUCCGCCCAUCCAGCGGGGCUCACUGCCUUAAAUCGGCCCCCCACGUGACUACAACUCCCAUCGUUCUCAGCCAGGCAGGGCUUGCGCGGGCGGAGGUCCCUUCAAAAGAGGCUGCCUGACCAUGUGCAGAUGUUUCCGCUCCGGACCCCUGUGGCGGUUCAGCAGCUCAGCCCGACCCAGGCGGUUCCGGGGCUGCAGCGCCCCCAGAGUGGGGAAGUGCCGGCCGGCCAGCCGGGCACCUCCCCCAUGGCCUCCCCGCGAGCGCUGGGCUUGUGCUGCGCCCCGCCCGGCUCUCCGGCUGCGGCGGCGGGGCUGGUGCGCCUCUCCCGGCAGCUGCCGCCCUGGCCCGGGCUGGCCCUCGGCAGCGCCGCGCUGGGACUGCUGGCCGCCGCGCUGCUGGCCGCGCUCUGCAGGCGGCCGCGCCACCGCUGCAGCGGCUCUUGCCGGGUCUCCGCCGGAGGGGGCUGGGCUCCGGGCAAGGCGCUCCGGACAGCCGCGCUCCUAGGCAGCUUCCUGGGCACGGCGGGGAUCCUGGCCCGUUCUCUGCUCUGGCUGGCUGCUCCUUUGGGGUCGGUGCCUCCCCUCUGCCGCCUGAUCGUGGUUUGGGUGCAAUUUGGGUUCUCUUCCCACUUCUGGGCUCUCUUCUGCUACUCUCUGGAAGCCGCCUUGCUGCUCCAGAAACCCACCAGCCACAGGUCCUUGACUCCGUACUGCCUCCUCUGCUGGGGGCUCCCAGCCAUCCAGGGCCUCCUUGGACUUUUGCUCCUGAUGAAGCCACAGGACAUGGACUGCAGCUCACACCACGGAUUGGCAUGGAUCCUGGAAACUGUGUGUUACGCGUCUAGCUUUGUGCCGCUCACCUUAGUUUUCUUGGGAAGUCCUGUGCUCUUUUACAAAGCACUCCAGGCAGUGCCAGCUCUCCUACGGAGGGUCCGGGGGAUGCAGACGGCCGGAGAAUGGCGCCAACAGCAGGAGUUGCGCAGCAGGUUGAUGAGCAUCAUGGUGACCUUUGCUGCUUGCUGGCUGGCGAAUGUCCUGCAUGAGCUGCUGCUGCUGCUGCUGGAAUUGGAGCCUUUGGAGAGAUGGGGCAUCGGACAGCUGCUACAUGGGGCAGCCCUCGCCUGCUGGGCAGUUAUGAUUAUCUUAAAUCCUCUUUCUGGAGCACUGAUGAUCCUGGCAUUUUCAUCCUGGAAAAGCAUGUGGUGGACUAGGAAACAAGCACCCACCUGGAGACCCUCUGUGGAAAUCCCAGGGGGAUCCCGUGCCCUGGAGCCAGCCUUAGGUUGCCGGAUUGAGCCGGGGCCCCUCGAGGUGUCCAGCCUCUUAAUCUCCUUUGGGAGCAGCACUUCGCUGGACUUCCUCUGUGAGUGGGCCGGGGACUGCCCCAUCCAGCCUCAGAGCCAACAUGAGCAAAGCUGCCACGAAGACUCGACCCCCCCACCAGUCAGCUCCUGCUCCUGCCCCAAGGACAGCACUUGGGCUGGAUCUAACAAGGGGGGCGAAGGAUGCUGCACCCCACCAGCCUGGCCAGCUACCCCCAUCCAUGGAGGGCCUGCCUCCCCCACCUCUCCUAGGGUUCAAGUCCAGGCAGGGGACGGAAAGCCUUUGGAAGAGGCUGGGCCCAGCUGUGUCGGAAGCAGACUUCCCUCCAAUGAAGAAACUCUAUAAAAAAAAAAGGACUGACCUUAAAA